CCAGUAUAGUUAUCUGCAGGCCAAGUUCAAUGUUCAGCAGAUUAACAAUCGACGGUGGUUCCUUAAUAAGGUUGAAAGAAGUCUAAAGUUCAUUCCAUUGUUUUAUUUUUGUGUAUAUUCCACAAGAUAAAAACAGCAGCCGCCGAUCUCUCCAGCAGCUGGACAAGCCGGACCGAGUCUCUGAGGCGAGAGAUGCAUAACUCGGGACACAUGCCUGGGGAAAAUUUGGCCAGGACAGUGCCUUAAAAAUCGGGACUGGCCGAGCAAAGUCGGGACAGUUGGCAAGUAUGCAAAUGUUAAUUUGCAUGUGCCACCGCAGAGUGAUUUCACAAAGAGAAAGAGUGGUGAAGUUUAGAGACAUAGAAACAUUAAACCUGCCGGCGGAUCGGCCCCAUUUGGCCCCAUUCAGUCUGCCUAUUUUUCCUGCUGUAAAGACUCAAAGUCUUAAACAAUGCAAACAUUUUGUGUCUAAGCGCAGAUUGUAUGGAUUUGUUGACGAUGUAUCGCUUACACAGCACCAGGUUCACACCGAAUAACAAAUAUAUUCUUCUUCCCACUUUCCCAUAAGUCGGGUGGCGGAGCUCCACGCGAAGCCGGCGCACAUUGCUGUACCCUAUACCUGCAGAUAAUAAUUGCCCCAUACCAGAAAGCGUUAUUACCCAACAAGUUGUACAAUAAAAUCUACCCGGUCUUUUCUCAAUUCAGAAUAAAUGGCUAAAGAGAAUUGAAUUGUCUCCACAAUUGCUUUGUUAUCUCUACGUUCCUCCAAGACUCUUUAUUAUUGGAAUGUUGCUGUAUAUUAAUGUAUGCAGAGAGAGUCAUGCAUUCAUUCAUUCAUUCAUUCACUGUAAUGUCAGUGUAUUUAGACAGUGCGGCUGUUUGCUGUCUGUUCCCACAGCAUUCUGGGUAUUGUAGUCCUAUCGCAAUAAGAUGCUAUUAUCAUAAGCAGAGCAGGACUACAAUUCCCAGAAUUCCCGGAGCUGACAUUUCUCCCUGGACUUUUAAAUCAAUCUUCUGUACGCACAAAGGGUUCAUCUGGAUCAGGCUUAACCAUGAAGAACAAAGGAGCGGAUUCUUAAAAAAGCAGAGAGAAAGGGCAGACGAUCAGCACGAUGGAGAAUAAAAGCUCCGCUGCGUCCUUUGAACAUAAAUCCCAUAACUCUGUCCCUGCGGGAAACGAUGAAGCGGUGCCAGGAGAUGGCGAGGACGAAUCGCGAAGACGUUUGUGGGAAGCACAGGUCACGGAGAGCCACCCGUCGCUACAAACCCCCGGCAUAAAAGCAAAGAGACUCUCAUACACGACCGUGAGCAAGGACCUCCAGGAAUCGCUGACCUGUAAAGAAGAAACACAUUUAAAAGACAAACCGUAUGCGUGUGCCGUGUGCCAAAAAAUGUUCGCCCAGAAGUCCAACCUCAUGACUCACUUCAGGGUCCACACGGGCUCCAGACCAUACGUGUGCACCGAGUGCGGGAAGAGCUUCAGCACCAGCUCCAACGCCGUGGCACACCAAAGGGUCCACACGGGAGAACGGCCGUACAGCUGCGGCGAAUGUGGGAAAAAGUUCAGCAUCAGCUCCAAUCUGGUAACGCAUCAAAGAGUUCACACGGGAGAGAGACCCUACGGGUGCGCCGAGUGCGGCAAAACGUUUACGCACCGCUCCAACCUCGUCAUUCAUCAGCGCGCUCAUUCCGGCCAACAGCCCUACGUGUGUGUAGAAUGCGGAAAGCAUUUCACUCAUAGUUCACGUCUCGUCGCACACCAGAAAAUUCAUAGAUAA